CUCGCGCGAUCGCGUACGACGAUAAUUUAAACUGCGCGCGUGCGCGCUAACUCGCGACACUACGAAAACAAAAACAACGAUAAUAAAAAAAAAAAAAAAUAAAAUAAACAUAGAUAAUAACAAUACGAAUUAGCGUACACCGAUAAAAAGGAGAUAUAUAUAUAUAUAUACACGUUUUUUUGUUUAUCCGAUUUUUCAACAACUGUGCAUCAAUCUUCAUAAAUAUCCUAUGUGAUUGUGUUAAACAACGUCAUUUUGGUUCUUAUAUUAUAUUUAUUACCUUCCAUCCAAAUUUUACAAUUUAAACGAAGAACUAAAGAAAUAAAGGCAAAAGGGUGUACAUUCAUGGACAAAAGAGGUCAGUGCGCCAUGCGAUUGCCAUAACAGUCUGAGAUCCGUGAAAAAGCGUAGGAGUAGUUUUGCCUGAGGAAGGACAACUUUACACACAGUCACAAUGCUGUCAAGGUAUAAAAACCUGUUACUCUUGCUGACAUUAGUGCCAUCGAUUGUCCUGGCACAGAGUAAUUAUGCAUCUCAGGGUAACAGCAUUGAAUAUCAACCUGGACUACCACCGAGCACCGUUCUCGAUGGCAAAGUUACCAAAUUAGACGAUCUAUCUUCAGUUAUAUUUCUCAAUCGUACGAAAGCAUAUUUGAAUUGUGGCCAGGGUAGCAUGGACGUUGAAUUGUUGUUCGAAGAACCAUUUUACGGUGUCGCUUAUGCGGAUUUCGAUCGAAAUAGCGCGUGCAUGGUCAAAGGUCGUGGAUUGGCAAACGCCAAAUUGGAAUUACCAUUAAAAGGAUGUGGUACCAGACAAGAUCCUCAACGUGUAUUCACCAACAAUAUAGUCGUACGUUUUCAUCCUGGUCUAGAAAUGGAUGGGGAUGAAGUUAUUACAAUAAUUUGCAGAUAUCCUCCACCAAUAGCACCUGCACCACCUGCCCCACCUGCCAGCAUAAUGGGUACCAUAGCACCAGCAGCCGUGGCAGAACCCCCAUUGAAAGGAUUCCAAAUCCUUUUGAUCAUCUGUGCUAUUUUAUUCCUAUCUUUGCUACUACUCGGGCUUGGAUGCUCGUACAUGUGUUUAAAACGUAGAAACGUACGAGUUGUUCAUCGUCAUCCAUUUGGUAGUGGUACCGGUUCGGAAAUAACCAAAUUAUCCGGUUCCUCUUUAAGUAACAUAACUAUGUUCGAAGGCCUUAAAAUCCCACGCGCUCACGCACUUCUUCACACGACCGCUGCCUCCACAUCUGGCAGCGAAGCAAAUUUGGUCAUCGACCAUUCCGACACUUUGCCUAGCGAUUAUCCCAGCGAAAGUCAUUCAGAGAUUUAUUAUGCACACCAGGUAGACGAGGAACGUUCCCUUCCAGUAUCCUCGGCUGGUUCCUACGAAAAUAAAGCUUUCGUUCAUCAUCACGAAACUCAACGUCAAGUUGAAGUACGUACGGCAAGUUCGUUGUAUUCUGAGACAGUUGCUGCCGAAGUUGGAACAUCUUCGAUGAUGGCUGCCAACGCUUCGCGAAUUGCGGUUCCUCGUCACCCAAUGGCAGUCCCGAUCGAACCGAAAUUCGACGUUCAAAUGAGAGUUAAGAGAGCACCACCACCACCAUCUAGUCCUUUACCAUCGGAAUCUGAUGUGGCCAGUAUAGCUCUUGAGAGAAAUCUAACGACUAUUUUAGAAAGAGAAGAAUCCAUUAUGAGUCGAACUUUGGAAAGUCCACCACCAAGGAUGACUACUUUCUCGUAUGUACCAGAAUUGCAUGGUCCACCGGGUGCUACCUCGUCCACAUCUACCGUGUCCCGUCAACAAACACCUCCGGUAUACUCGAGAAUCCUAAGAAAACAAGCGGAAAGAGAAACAACUUCUAGUACCACUAUGAUUCAAGAAAGAAUUCCAUCUACACCACCUGCUGAACAGUUACCUAUUCUACAUCACGAAAUUCGUCGUCCACGAUCUUUGACUUCCCUCAACACUGAGUUAACGGAGACACGUUCUUUAACGGAAGUGAUGGAUCAAUCUCAUGCGAAGUAUAGAGUGGCCAGUAUUCUUGCACCAACACCACCACCACCACCACCUAUCGUACCAACUACUACGACUACUCAUACCGCGAUUCAACAUCGUGAACAACGUAUUCUUCGUGAGGAGAUGACCGAACCACUUGUCGAGGCACAGGUUGUAACACCUAGACGUCCAGAAAUAACGACUCACGAAGUUGACGAUGUUUACUUACGUACCGUUACCGAGAAGAAAACGAUCGAGGACGUGGAACGUCAUCGUAGACAAGUAACCGAGUACCGUGCUAGACCACAACAACAAGUCGAUCCUAAAUGGGACGUUACAAUCAGGAAUUAUCCGACUGAGGAUCUUCCACCGCCACCACCAGAAUGGGAAAGUUUCUCGGACGUUAGUUCAACAUCGAAUUUAACGAUCACGAACGAACCUACGAUACAUCCUAACGAUGUGGCAAACGACGAUGAACCGGACGUAAGCAUAGAACCAACAUACACGGCACGAGCAGAGAUACCAUGUAGACCACUACCAGCUCAUACGACUCAUCAUCGUACACUCGAUAACGAGCCGGACGUUCCGACGGAUUGGUUCGCAAGACUCUCAAAGGUACUAGAACCACGGUAUGCGUCCGAAUUGACGGAAGAAGAACGUGCUAAAUGGCGCGAGAUCAUCACGACCGAGAGUACACUUAGAACCCUUCUAACAGAGGCAGUAGUUAGAGAAGAUUACGAAUUGAUACGAAAGGAUGCUAGGUACACGAAUCUAUUCCCACCGGCUAAAUGGGACGUGAUCAUUCGUAUUCUUGGACCCCCAUUAGCGCACGCCGGUUCUACUACCUCAUCCUCAAGCGUGCACGGCAAAAAUCACGGCCAGAGAUACAAAAGGUCCAAAUCAUCCGAAUGGGACAACAGAUCUCGUAGGUCCUCUCUGCCAACUUUAUACGAGUAUGAGAGCGACGGUGGUAGUUCACAUCGUAGUUUGACCAAUCAGAGUCAUCGUCUACAAACGUCUCAAUCGGCUGCUACAAUGGCAACCGGUUCUAACGUGGGACGUCUUCGUCGAUUGGGUAGUACCAGUCACAGAGGGGUCGGGGGUGCUGGUAGCGAAGCUGAUUUGAGGUCGAUGUCUGAAAUGACGGUGAGAGACUUCGCUAGAGUAGACAGAGACGAUUUGACAAGUUUAAGCUCCUUCGAAGGGGGUGCCAAUUCAUUGGUCAGAUCUCUCAGUCAACCGAGUUUAGCACGAUCCGGUUCGGAAUUCACCGAACAUUGGGGUAUGCCAUCGGCCAUCUUGGAUCUUCCACCUUGGGCUACGGAAGCCGACGAUGGUGCCAGUUCGGUUGAGACAACACCAAGAGUUGUCAGGAGAGGCGAUCGUAUCGAAGUUUUGGCAUCUUUCGAUGAACGUAGACGUAAUGAAAUGCAAUACAGUUCUAACACCGUUCCACUUCGUACCACUUCAAGUAGAUUCGUCGAAAGGGAAAUCAACAGCGUUCGCAUGACCGAGACUCAGAGAGCUUCCAAUUGGUUCCACGACGAUUCAGAACCCGAAAUGCAGAUAUAAAUUGAAGGACUAGGUGGUGGAAGAUAAGAUUGUCCUUCUCGAGAUGAUUCGUUAGUUUCGAUCGAAGUUUUUGUUGACUCGUCGGUCUCGUUAUCGUUUAAAAUAUUAUUAUUAUUAUUAUUAUUAUAUAAUACUAAACUUGACUAAUCGAUCUCUCUCGAUACGACACGAAACGAUACAUUUAAACGAGACUACAACGAUCAACAAAUUAACAUCAAUGAAGUUCAGCCGUGUUUUUUCAAUUGUGCCGUCCUUGCAUUUAGUUUAUAUAAACCCUUUCUUUGCAUUUUAUCUUUUUCUAUAACUCUUGUCCUUUGAUCUCCUUCCUUUCUAACAAUAUCCUUUUUUAAUUUACUUAAUUCAUUAUCAUGAACUACUUGAAAUGAAUUUAAUGUUUAAGAAAGAGAGGAGAGAAUUAGUCAAGUAUUGCGAGAAAAUUGGGUUGACACUCGUGGGAAUUCUCUCUAACACUGCCCUUUUCGUUCAUUGCCUCGCAUUCGAGGAUCUCUAGCCCUUAUUUUACCUCUUCUUGCGUUUAACUUACAAAGGAAGGAAUCUCAUAUUAAUUACGAAAUUUCUAAUUCACAAGAAUCUCAUCUAAUCGAUUGAAACCAUGAAAAAUUGUCGUGUUGAACAAUGUUGCAAAAGACGAUUGCCAUUCUCUUCACUCGCCACUCGAAAACUUCUAAGGCUCUGUUAUAUUCUAUGUGUAUAGGUAAGAUAGGUAGUUUAGGGUUUGAACCCUUUUAGCAACAACUACUAUUGUAGAUCACGUUGACCGUAACCAAACGAGAGUGGGAUUGCAGAGUUUGGCAAAGUUUCGUUACAAAUUUGAACGAAAAAUUACUGCUACGAUUGUUCAAUAAUUUUGACGAUAAUAAAAAAAGAAAGAGAGAUAGAAUUGAUAACAUCGAGCCUAAAAAAAGGUUGAAAAUUAAUUAAAUAAAAAAUGAACUCGUCGAUUAAUCGACAAGUGCAAUUUGUUUUCUAUGAAUUUCCUGAUUAUAAUAAUCGACGAAUUGGAACAAUAUACAUAUGUGCGUGUGCGUGUGUGUGAGUGCAUGCGUUGUCUAUGUACAAUACUACAUAAAAUCCUACUUUCGUCAUAUCCUACGGAUAUCUAUAAUUAUUUAUUUUUUUUUAUUAUUAUUAUUAUUUCUAACAAAACAAUAGACAUCCUUUGUGGAAACACGGAGAAUGAUUUUUCAAAUCGUAAAACUUGUUACGUGUUUCCUAUGAAUCUUAUCGACAAUAUAUAUAUAUAUAUAUAUAUAUAUAUAUAUAUUUAUCAGGUUUGGUAAAGGUGUGUCUUCGCGGCAUAGAAUCCUUCAGGACAGUUUUGCAGACAUUUCGGAACACACGGUUGCACUAUCCCGUUGCUUGUCAAACUUUCCUCCUUCUCCUCCUCCAUCUUUUACCACAAAAUUCUUUUAAAGCGUUCUACCAAGCACGAGAAAUUUCCUAGAGAUGCGUCAAGAGCAUAAGGGUGGGAUAAUGCGAAACAUCUUCUUCUUAUUCUUCUUUUUUCUUUUGUAACAAAGACUUUUCUUCUAAAAAAAGAAAAGGAAACAAUUAUUAACAAAUUUCACAUAAUGUUUCUUCAUUAGAAACUUAAACCAAAUUUUGUCCCCACCCAUUUUCUACUUUGACAAUUUCAAGAAUAUUUUGUUGUAAAUAAAAAGAGUAAAAGAGAGAGAGAGAGAGAGAGAGAGAGAGAGAGAGAGAAAGAAAGAUAAAAUGAAAGUAGGAUUUAAUGAAGUAUGAUAAAUUCGUAAACAAAAAUGCACAUUGGUCAAACACCGACAAUAUGGCUGCGAUAAUAAUCUACUUAAGUAGGUAAUGAAACUUACGGUGCUGGGUCAUACGCUUCGUAACGAUAGCUAGAUUUUUUCCCCUUUUUUCUUUUCUUUUCUAUUCUAUUUUCUAUUUUACUAUUUUCUAAUGAAUCCUUAACUUAACCAUAUCUCCAUUUUCCCUGGUCCUACCCUACUCUUUUUCCUUGGUGUAUCGUUGUUAUCGCAACGAUAUAUUUGCGCAUAAAUAAACUGCAUUGACAAUUACAAAGUAUUUUCCUCGUUAAAAUACGUGUUUUUUAUGUAUCUUUUUUAGUUUUACGUAUUAUUAAAUUGUAUUAUUUCGACUCACAUAAAAGAUAAAUGCCUCUCUUUAAUGGAGAUUAAUAAAUGAUAACACAUUGACCACCAUUUUUUUUUUUUUUACAAGAAACGAUUAUUUCUUAAAAAAUAACAAAAUCUUCUUUAAAGAGAGAAAAAGAGAGUGUGUGUGUACAAGUAACAUACGAACAGAUCAAAAAUCUAAAUUAAAUGAUCUUUUGUUUCGAUAGUUUCGAUCUUUUGAGGUUAGAAGAUGUAAAAGACAAAAUGGCGGAGUUAAAAAAGCUGCUCUCUUGCCGGAAAUUUAAUUGACGAAGUUAAAACAGGUGCUACAUCGAUUGUAAAUGUGUUUUAGAAAAAAAUAAAUAAAUAAUCAAUCGAGAUAUGAUCGAUUGUGAACGAAUAUAGGAAAAUUUAUCAUAGAAGAAAAAGAGAUAAAGAGAAAAAGAAAGAGAGAGAGAGAGAGAGAGAGAAUAAAAACAAACGUCAUGUCUUCCAUUUGUUUUAUUGUUCAAGCAGCGAUUUAGAUAGAUUAGAUAUUGUUUAAAAAUAAACAAAAAAUGAUAAAACAAUAUAAAUACUAAUCUUUACGAUACCUUCGGAUGUCAAUGUAGGUGUCUCUACUUGUUAAAUUUAAUUAAGAACUUUGCGAGAUAACUUUCGUUUUCUUCCUUAAAAGGAAUAUUCUCCUUUUUAAGAAAAGUACUCGCAACGAUGUAUCGACAUUUUUAUUGCCGAAUAAACUUUAACGAUGCUUUUACUA